GCUUCGGGUUCCUGAAGCACGGACUCGCGGAGAGGAGUAGUGUCGCUUCCUUGCCGGAUUUAUUUGUUUGUGGAAAAAUUCUCUUUUGUUUUCCGUUCUAGAGCAGCGCGCUUUCCGAAUGCCGACGACUCGCUCGGACGGCCCUCCUCCACUCGCCAGGCUUUGCAUGUGCUGCUUUUGUCCUGCAGGAGAGAAGGCAGGCUUUGUGUUUUGGUGGAUCUAGAGCUGAAGGAGGCACUGCCAGGCGCUGCUGCCGCUGCUGCUGCUGCUGUGGGUUGGACCGGCCACGGAUGGGAAGGAGUCUGCACUUAAACAGAGUGUUGGGUCCAUGAGGACAGCCAUGCGGAGACCUGCUACAGCUCUGUUAGAAGACGCUUCAAGUGAUCUGCCAGUUUGUUUCCCUUAAACGUGGGCUGAAUUUGGACGUUUGGAUACUUUCCAGCUUGGCAACCCUUAACAGGAUUCGAUUUCGGAUUUCUGUGCUUGAGGAUAUAUGCAUUUAUCCUUCUGGAAUCUCAUGUGCGUAUUGCACUCCAAGCAAAGUCGCAUGACAUCAGCUGGUUUUGGAAUUUGGAUAAUUGCACAUCUCUCACUGGAGUACAGUUUUUGAGCUUUCCAUUACAGGUGUUUGUUGGGAAUCGUUCUGCAUCCACCUCUGAGCACGGGCCAAGAGCCUCCAAACAGGAAGUGUUCGGUUGGGUGUGUCGUCUGGUGAAAUGGAUGGGCCACAGAAAAAGCGGAAGUCUCGGUCGGUGCGAGACCGGGAGCGCGUGUCUAACGGGAUCAGGAAUAACCAUGUCCGCGGCUCCAUGCUUCGAUUCUCCUCGGAUUCAGAGAAGGAAGACCGCACCAACCCCUCCUCUUCCUCACGACCCAGGCCACCGAGGAGGAAGAGAAAGGAGUCUACCUCUGCUGAGGAGGACAUCAUUGACGGAUUCUCAAUAUCGGGAUUUAUGACGCUGGAAGCUCUUGAGAAGGACAUGGCCCUGAAGCCCCACGAGCGGAGACAGAACCAGGCAGGACCGCUGCGCAAGAAGAAGCCCGGCCGAGUGCCGAACGGGCUGAGCUUGAACCUACAUAAGGACCGACUCAACCACAACAACCACCAGCACCACCACUCUGACCAGGAGAACAACCCUCGCCUGGCCCAUACACACAGCAAGAAGAAGAAACACCUGCAGAAGAAACACCGACCUCACAUGGUUGAGUAA